AAUUUGACCAGUGUGUACUCUCGCAACACAAACACACAUGCUCACACACACCUGGGCGUGGACGCUCUCCUGCGUGAACAAACUCAGGUAAGUGAAGCAGCUGCCAAAGCGACCGGACGAUCAGGCUGCAUCCUGGACCUGAAGACGACAAAGUACGAGUAUGAGGUUUUGGAAGGGAUGAACACAGAGGACCAGCAUGCCCACAGUCCAGAACAACCAAAGUCCAGGUCCGGUCCUGAAUGCCUCAGCCUGUCUCGCUGCGCCUCCUGCUACAACCAGCGGAGGAGCUCCAGGCUUUGGUGCCAGAGCAACGGCGAGUCCAGCUCUUCGGCCGAAGACUCUGGACCAGAGACGGACUGCGAGUCAGAAACCGAAUCGAGCAGCAGCUGCUCUGUGAAGGCUUCUUCUGAAAUACUCGAGGAGCCUGAAACAGAGAAGCUCCUUCCUGCAUCUGAAGGUGGAGGAAAAGAUGGUGAUGGACGAGAGGAGACGGAGGAGACGGUGGACAGUCAGGAAGAUCAAAGCAGGUUGAAGACACGAAGACUCUCAUUUGUCAAGUCUUACUCCCUGCCCACCCACCUUCCUCCUCGCCUCACCCCCCUGGCCCUGCUGCCCCGCCCUCACACCGUCGUCUCCACCCUCCACCUGCAGGUGUUAUCCCAGAGUGAUGAUGGUGACUCCUUCUACACCUUUAAACAACACGAGAACACAGAGGCAGGAACUGCAGGAGGGCAGGGAGGAGUCAACGAUGUGCCGCCUCCACAGAUAUCACGACCAUCAUUACAGCAACACCACCUGUCACACCAGCACCAACCACACCACCUGUCACACCAGCACCAACCACACCACCUGUCACACCAGCACCAACCACAGGAGGUGUCGCACCAGCACCAACCACACCACCUGUCACACCAGCACCAACCACACCACCUGUCACACCAGCACCAACCACACGAGGUGUCGCACCAGCACCAACCACACCACCUGUCACACCAGCACCAACCACACGAGGUGUCACACCAGCACCAACCACACCACCUGUCACACCAGCACCAACCACACCACCUGUCACACCAGCACCAACCACAGGAGGUGUCGCACCAGCACCAACCACACCACCUGUCACACCAGCACCAACCACACGAGGUGUCGCACCAGCACCAACCACAACACCUGUCACACCAGCACCAUCAGCCUCAGCAUGUUCCUGCUGUCUUAGCUCAGGGUGAAAGGCUGCCACCACCCCUGCACACCCCUCCGGUGUUACCCCCACCUCAGACAUACCCACCUGCACCACCAUACUGGUACUGGUACGGUAUGUACUUUCCUCACUCUCCAUACUGGACUCAUUACGGAUAA